AUGUUAAUCGACGACGAAGUAGCAUUACGAGAAUGGCUCGUUGCAACACUGGAACCAUUAUGUGAUGCUGAACCAAUUGCUUUAGCUCGUUAUGUUCUUGCUCUCGUUGCUAAAGAUAAACCAUUAGAUAAAUUACGUGAAAAUUGUAUUGAUCGACUUGAAGUUUUUCUUGAUCGUGCAACAAAAGAUUUUGUUGAUCAAUUAUUUGAUGUUAUUCGAAAUGGACGAUAUAUUCCCGAAGCAAAAAAAGAAAAUGUUCAACCAAAAGCAAGUGAGAGUACUGAGGAUAAAUCAGGUGAAUCGUCAGAAAUAUUAGAACAACAAAAUUCAGCAUCACCAACAAAACAAGAAAAUGAUCAACAACAAAUUCCAACAACUACUCAAGCAUCAGCAUCAUCUGAACAUGUAACAACUACUCAACAGCAAUCAUCAGGAGCAAUAAUUCAACCUGUAAAAAGACGAUAUUCAUAUCGUUCAUCAUCCGGUCGUCAUCAUUCACCAAAUCCACGUCGACAUGUUAAUACGAGUAGUGGUGGUGCUAAUCGUCAUCAAAUAACAUCUCAUUAUCGUCAAACAACCAAUUCAUCGAAUCAACGUUCACAUCGUUCAUCAUCUCGUUCACGAUCAGUAUCACCGCCACCAGCUAAACGUACACAACGCUCCUAUUCUCAUUCAUCAACAGGCUCAUCAUCACGUUCAUCACCAUCACGUCAAAUAAAUACAAUUCAUCAAGCAUCAACUACAAAUACAAAUUUUUUAUACAAAAAAAUUCCUUGUAGUGAUUUUUUUGAAAAUAAAGGCUAUUGUGCACUCGGAGAUUCAUGUCCAUAUGAUCAUGGUACAAAUGCUGUUGUUUUUGAGCAACAACAGCAGCAACAGCAACAGCAGCAGCAACAGCAACAACAACAACAACAGCAGCAGCAGGCAUACUAUCCUCCUUAUCAACAAUAUGGUAUGCCACCACCUCAUCUUCAUCCUCAUUAUCAUGAAUAUAAUCCUGAAGCACCUGAUUUAAAACAUGGACCUCAUCAAGGUCCACCAAUGUUUAUGAGACAUCCGAUGCAUCAUCAUGCACGUAUGCAAGGACCACCAUUGUCAUCAGGACAACCUCAAUCAUCACAACAACAAAUGAUGAUGAAUCCUCAACGUACACUUGUCACUGUUGUUACUAAUGCAGAACCGUUACCACUGGAGCAAAGAUUACGGCAAAAUGAUUCCAUGGGAAUGUCUAUUCCUCCCCCUAUGCAUACUAAACGACAUAUCAUUACUGGACCUUAUCCCAAUGAUCGACGAGCACAACAACAGCAUCAGCAUCAGCAACAACAACAACAACCACCACCACCGCCACAACAACAACAACAACUACAACAACAAUCACAGCAACAUGAACAUCCAUCGAAUAAUGAUUCAAAUAACAAUAAUAAUAAUAAUAAUAAUAAUAAUACGAAUCAUCCUAAUACUAAUAAUGGAUAUCAUGGUCGAGGAUGGAAACGUCCAUGGCAAAAACCUGAUGGAUCCGCAUCAGCACCAGCAACAUUAGAAAUACGAAAAAUUCCAGUUGAAUUCAAUACUAUUUCAAAAUUAAAUGAACAUUUCAGUAAAUUUGGUACAGUAACAAACGUUCAAAUUGCUUAUGACGGAUCACCUGAUUCUGCACUUGUUGCAUAUGCUACAUUACAUGAAGCAGAACGAGCAUAUAAGAAUCCUGAACCAUUAUUUAAUAAUCGUUUUAUUAAAAUAUUUUGGCAUAACAGCAAUAAAGGACAAUCUUCUGGUAAUAAUAGUAAUAAUUCUAAUCAAACCACACAACAACAACAGCAAUCAUCAUCGGAUACUUCUCUAACAAGUUCAACUCCAGUAACAACUGCAAACACAUCAACAACUACACCACCAGUACAACCAGUAAAACAACCAACAAUACCACAAUCAAUAACAAUAACAAAAAAAGAGGCAGUUAAAAAAGCAACAAUUGAAAUUCAUCGUAAAAAACAAGGUUUAUUAGAAGAACAAAUUCAGCAACAAAAAUUAUUAUUAAAAAAACUGGAAGCAGCUGAAACAAGUACUGAAAAAGAAUCUAUAAAAUCCUUAAUGAAACAAAUUGAUGCAACAAUUGUUACACUUAAAGAUUCACUUCGUUUAACACCACCCAUUAAAUCUUCAUCAGCAACAGCUGCACCUAUACCACCAUCAAAACCAAUACAACCAACUAAAAUUAGUCAACAAGAUGCUCUUAAACAACGUGCACAAACUUUACAAAAACAACUUGAAACUCUAAGAGCUAAAACAUCAGCAGAUAUGCGUCGUGCAAUGAGUUCGACAUUAGGUCAAUCAUCAUUAAGUUUUAGCAAUGUUCUCAAUGAAAGUGAUAAUAGAACAAUACAAUUAAACGAACAAAAACAAAAACAAGUUACUAUUAAAAAUAUUAAUGAUUUAUCUAGAAAUGAAUUAGACGAAUUUCUAAAGAAAUCUGGAGCUACAAAAAUUCAAUCAGGUGAUACUAGUAAUUCAUUACUCGUUACAUAUUCUUCAAAAUCUGAUGUCGAUAAAAUACAAAAAGAUGGAUUAACAUUUAAAGAUCGUAAUCUUGAUAUAUCUUUCCAUGAAGAUCCAUCGUUAAAUACAAGUUUAAAAAAACGAACAUUAUCAGAAACGAUGGAAGAUGAAUUACUAGGAGGAGGAGGAGGAGGAACAGCAGCAGCAACAGAAACAACUAAUGAGGAUGAGGAUGAACCUAAAGCAAAACGACGAAAUCAAAGUCAAACCAGUGAUGUAGAUCAAAAUGAACAAAUUGAAGAAAUUGUUGAUGAAGAAGAUCAACUAUUAGCUGAUAAUGAAAAAUCAGCAAAUAAUAGUCAAACAAAAAAUGCAAAUCAAUCAAUAGGUAGUUAUGACGAAUCAAAUCAACAAUACGAAUUUGAACCAAAUGAUCUUGAUGAUGAAGUUCAAUUACUCGAUUCUUGA